AUGACCUUUGCGGUUACGCCUAUGGCUUCUCUGGACCGGGGCGCACGACAAGACACAGAGGUGGGAUCCGAGAGCCCGGACGUCCAUGAGGCCACUGCCCCUCCGCGCAAGAGGAAGAGGACCCGCAAGGUCCAGGUGGACCGUAAAUACGACUGCUCAUACGAGGGGUGCGGCAAAAGCUAUUCGCGCGCAGAGCAUCUGUACCGCCAUCAACUGAACCACGCCCCCAAACAAAUCUACCGGUGCGACUUCCCCGAGUGCUAUCGCUCCUUCGUGCGACAGGACCUCUGCGUUCGUCAUCGCGAACGUCACACCACGCAGGGCUCGCAGCUGCAGAAACGUGACCACUUUGCGCAAGCCGCCUCUACGAGCACCGGCGGGAUUGCAAAGUCUCAGAACCUCCAAACCGCGCCACAGAUACCUCACAGUGCUCCUCCUGUUCUUUCGCCGCCGGACUCGAAGCGAGGCUCUACUGGUCCAGAUCAGCCCAUUACUGCAGUGAGCGUUCCUGUCUCUUCUCCUGCUUCUGCCGGGUUCAAUCGGUUCCACUACCAGCCCGUUGCUCAACAGCAUACCCAGCCAGCCGACUCUUCCUUCCCUCAGUCUCACGACUUACCUAACACCCCUACUACGUCUCAUGCAUUUAAUUCCCCGCCACUGCAGCGUUCGUUGCACGUCGGUCUCACCGCUGCCCGCCAUGCUGCGAAUGGCUCGCCCACCACUGAGCUGGGCCCUUCACGCCCGGGCCUUUUGGACGAGUCUACGCUCGUAUCCAGUAGGCCACAAGACCUUGGGACCGGUUACACUGUCCCGACUGAUUUUGGAGGGUCCUUGGUUAGCCCGUCUGCCUAUACAUCUCAAGCGGGCUUGCACAUUCCUGUCGAUGGAUACUCCGAUAUCAGCAUGGCACCGGUAACCUCGUCAGCAUCUGCCCCGCUCGACCCAGCAAACGGGCUUGCUCUUGACUCGAUGUCAGGGAUGACAGUAGGGGAUAUGCAAUUCGAUGGGAUGAAUUCUUCUGUAUAUCCGGUUUUCGGUGGCGAGGGCAAUCGAUCACCAUUCCAUAUGGCCGACGAUUUCACAGCGUGGCUGUUCAACGAGCCGGCGCCUGGGUCAUCGAUGGCUUCAUCGACGAGUAUGGUACCCGGACUCAUGGACGCGCAGGUGCAGAACCAAUUUCUGAUGAGUGAUCCUGCGUACGGAAGCUUUCUCAACACCGUCAUCCCUGCCCACCCGAUGAGUGUGACCAGUAUCCUCGACCCUGGCUCGCCACGGGCCAUCAUGUCCGAGGAGAAGCGCCAGGAAUUGCUUGAUCUCAUGUCCACCCGCUUUAACGAGGCCGCAUACUCUGCAGUCGCUAAGCGCAAAGAUGCUCUAAUGGAUGGUGACAUGGACGAAGACAGCCACGUUCUUAGCUUGUCCAAAAUGCAGACCUACAUUGGGUCUUACUGGUAUCACUUUCAUGCCCAGUUGCCGAUUCUACACCGGCCGACAUUUGUAGCUGAUAAAGCACCGAACCUGCUAUUGCUGGCCGUCGUUGCAAUCGGCGCAGCAACGCUGGACAGUAUCCAUGGGCAGGAGGUCACUGAGGCCGCGUCAGAGCUAGCCGACUUCAUCAUGUGGCAUCUGCGAUGGGAGAUUUUCAUGGAAGGAGAUUUUCGACCACCGGCAAAACUGUGGAUCUUCCAGGCGCUGCUGCUCCUGGAAGUUUAUGAGAAGAUGUACUCUACCCGUGCGCUCCACGAGCGAGCGCACAUUCACCAUGACACAACCUUGACGUUGAUGCGGCGCGGUAGCUCUCUGAUCGGCCGCCACUCGUUUGACUCCCCGGCUAGUUUGAGAGAUGACCGGCAGGCCCGGUCGACUCCAGGCUCGACAAUGACACCGGACUUUGCGGCUGAUGAGUCAUGGACACACUGGAUCAAGACCGAAGCUACCCGGCGAGUGGCCUUUGCAGCCUUUGUCCUCGACUCGACCCACGCCACGAUGUUCGGACACUCUGCAAAGAUGGUCGCGCAUGAGCUGCGUCUGCCACUGCCGUGCGACGAGGCCUUGUGGUCUGCUACUAGUGCAACGGAAGUGGCUCGGGUGCAGGCAAGUCUGCAGGCCAACGGAGUCAGGCCAGUUAUGUUCCUUGACGGGCUCAAGCGGACACUCAAUGGACAAAAGGUGCGAACAAAUGCGUUUGGGAGGACCAUUCUUAUGUCUGGCCUUCUCAGCGUGGGCUGGCAUAUGAAUCAACGUGACCUGCAAGUCAGCUCUCUCGGAGUUGCACAUGCCCUAGGAGGCCGGGACAAGUGGAGGUCUGCUCUGCUCCGUGCGUUUGACAACUGGCGGCGCGACUUUGACGAGGCGCUACAGCCAGGCAUGGCCUCAUAUUCCAACGGGUAUCGCGGCCGGUACGCGCUGGAUGACGACAACGUUUUUGAGUCCCGCGAUGUAAUGCACGGGUUAGCCCACAUGGCAUCGCACGUGGACGUCGUCGAUUGCCAGAUCUUUGCUGGUGCUCGCCGGCUAAUGGGUCGUGCCAUCACCCUGCGUGACUACAAUGCUGCCCGCGAGAAGAUGGUCGAACGCUGGGCAACCAAGGCAUCCGCCCGCGACGCUACUUUUUACGCACUAAAGUUCCUCGCCGAGUGCCUUCUGGAUCAGCAUGGGACACAAGAUGAGGGAGAGCUGUAUUGUGGCCGCGAGGAUUACCUUCUCAACCGUCCAUGGGUAAUUUACGUGGCUGCCCUGGUCGUCUGGUGCUACGGAUACGCGUUGGAGGGGCCGAUCACAGGCGCUCCUCAGCUCUUGACGGUCGCAGAGCAGAGACAAGACAUGCAGUCAUUUCUGCGUCGGGUGGGAGGCUGUCGCGAGCCGAGCGACCUUGAAAUCAUAAAAGGGCGCAACCGGUGUCUCGGGCUGCUCAUGAUCCUGCGAGAUGGAUUUUCCAACGCCCGAUGGGAGUUGUUGGCUGAAGCUGCAAACCUGUUGGGCAGUUGCAUUGACAAGCUGAGGGGCGUCUCGCAAUGA